AUGACUGCGUUGCUAGAGGACAUUUUUGAUGUCAAAGACGUUGAUAAAGAUGGAAAGAAGUUUGACAAAGUCUCGCGCAUUUUUGGAGAAAGCGAGUCCUUUAAGAUGGGUUUGAUUCUCGACAUACACUCCCAGAUAUAUCCUCUUAACAAGGGAGAGAAAUUUCGUUUAGUUUUGACGAAAUCUCUGCUAAAUGAUGUAAGUAACGUCGCGGACGACGACGACGAUGAUGAAGAUGCCGCAGAGGAGCUGGACGGUCGGUUGGAUAAUAGCAAAAUGGCAGAGUUUGACUACGUGUGCUAUGGGAAAAUUUAUCGUAUUGAAGGUCAGGAUGGUUCUGACGACACUAAUAGACUGGCUUGCUAUGUCUCCUUUGGGGGUCUGUUAAUGCAACUCACAGGAGAUGCCAGUAACCUCCAAGGAUUCCGUGUUGGGAAGCAUCUUUACCUGAUGAUGAAGAAAUUGGCCUUCUGA